GUACCAAGCUUUAUAUGAGUUAGAUGGUUUGGCUGUUGUCAGUGUCAAAGAAGAAUUGAGUGUCAAAAAUGCAUUCAAGGUCUUGAUGUUCCCUGAAGUUAGACUCUUCCAGUGUCCUUCUGCAGCAGCAAAGAAAGAGUGGCUCUCCCGUAUUGACCAUGCAAAAAAAAAGAAACUAUCUACAUUUGAACAUCAUGUACCAUCCACAGAUGCUUCAAAUCCUUUUGAAGAGGAAGGUAGUAAUCCUUUUGAAGAAGAAUCUGUAAAAAAGAGCUCGCAGCUGGAAAUCCCGAAUUGGUUGAUGGAAUUACCUGAAGAACUUGAUGUUUGUAUUGCCCUGCGGGAGUUUGAGAAAGCUGUGGAAUUGAUCCAGAGAGCAAAUGCCCAUUGUGCUGCUUUCCCCAGAAGCACUUCUGUGAGAGACAUGAAAAUCCGCAUUGACAAUCGCACCAAGCAGCUGGUGAAUAUUCUUACUGAAGAGUUGAAAGUAUCGCCAGACCGCUCUUUGCAUGGUGGACCCAGGGCAGCUAGAAAAGCUGUUGCUGUCCUUGUCCAGUUGGGAAAGUCAUCUAAAGCUUGCAGUUUGUUUCUUAAGCGGUGUUCAGCCAUGUUGAAACAGAGCAUGAAGCAACAAAAGGCAGAAGGUGCUACUGCCAGUUAUGUUAAGAAAUUAUGUUCAGUGUUUUUUUCCUGCAUUGCAGAUACGGGAAGGGAGUUUGAUCGAGCAUUUGGCAACAAAACCUGUGCUUCUGCAUUUGUGGUGUGGGCUAAAAUUCAGCUGGAGCAGUUUGUACAGAUUUUUUCUAAGCAUGUUUUCACACCCCAAGUCAGUGCUUCCACAGCCACUGAAUGCAUUGCAUGUGCACGACAGCAUUGUGACACGCUGUCGGAGGUGGGUCUCGAUCUUUCUUUUGUCUUGAAUGAACUCUUGUGUUCCCAUGUGGAGCGACUGGUGACCGAAAUGAAAGAUAAGCUUCUGGAGGCGAUUAAGUUGCGUGCCAAUGAUGACAAGUGGCGUCCUCAGAAUCUGCAAAAUGCAGCAAAUUCUAAAAAGUUGCUCGAUGAUUUGAGAGAGAUGGGCAUAGACAGUGCUGAGUUAUAUCUUUACGAUGACUGUUGGCUGUCUCUUACUGCCAACACCACUGCAUUUGCGAAAAUGUACCUGAACUUUCUGGAUGACCUAUUGAAACUUUAUACCCCGACUGUUCAUGUUUUGAUAAAUGACAGCCUAUGCAUUACUUUUCAGACUCAUCUUUAUCAUGUUAAAAAUGCCUUACAAAAGACAUCAGAUCCUAUAGAAAGACAGUUUGUUUUGAAAAAUGUUACAUUCUUGCUAGACGUUUUGAAAAUUAUGGAGAAUCGUUAUUCUAGUAAACUCAACCGACCUUGCACUCGAACUGCAGAUCUACGAGAAGAACUCAACAGGCUUGUGACCCAGUCUCACAAAACUUCAUUUACCAAAUAUUCUUCCACUGCAUAUAUUUAGUAUAGAAAAUCUAAUGCUUCUUAGAAUUAGUGAUUAUAACUAUUUUUGAUUAAUUUAUUUCAUCUCAGUAUAUCUAGAAAACAAAAGGUAACAAGAAACCAAAACAUAGUUUAAAAAUAAUUUGAAAGUAUGAAUGAUAUUUUAUUCAUAGAAGUAUUUGAAAUUUUCAGAUUGUAUAUCAGGAAGUAAAAAGUCAUAAGAACUCGGUGAUAACUGCAUUAAUAAAAUAUUUAAUAUUUUGAAAAACA